AAAAUACAUUAGAAUAUAAUACUAUAUAGUAUAUACUUUCAAAAAUGUAUAGUGUAAUUUAUAAAUAUUUAUAAAAAAAAUUUAUAAACCGAUAAUAGUAAAAAACCAUUAUUGACUAUAAGCUACUCAUGUGAGUCAUGUCCACUGAAAACUCUCCUGUUUUCACUUUUUUUAAGGUAAAAUGCUGUUUUGACUUUUGAGUAUAAUGGAGAGAAAACUCCUUCAUAGAAUAAAAAUGUGAAUAUACUUGAUGAGCCACCAUCAUAGAAUAGUUUAGAUGAAUUUUUAAAAGUUCUUCUAAAAUAUUAUUUUAAAAAGACAAAAAUCUAAUUGGAAAUUAAACGCGCCCAUUUAUAUAAUAAUUGACAUGCCAAAACUUACAUUAUAUAUUGAGAAGUGUUUCUGAGUUUUGAUCAAAUCCAUUUCCAUCUCAUCAUUAAACGUCAACGCCAUUUUUCAAUGGCUCGGUCGGUGAAAGUUGCGGUGAUCGGAGCAGGUGUCUCCGGCCUCGUCGCCGCCCGAGAGCUUCAAAGGGAAGGCCACGACGUUGUCGUUUUCGAGAAGAAUCACCACGUCGGAGGCACCUGGGUUUACGACCCGAAAACGGAAUCCGACCCACUUAGCAUAGACCCAACCCGAGAAACCGUGCACAGCAGCCUCUACCUAUCGUUGCGCACAAAUCUUCCGAGGCAGCUCAUGGGGUUCUUGGAUUACCCUUUGGCGAAGCGCGAAUCGGGCGACCAGAGAACGUUCCCGGGUCACGAGGAGGUGCUCCGUUUUCUGGAUGAGUUUGCGAACGAGUUCGGGAUCCACAGUUUGACCCGGUUCGAAACGGAGGUGGUGAAGGUGGAGGGAAAGGGGAACGAGUGGAUGGUUGAGUCGAAAUCGACUCGGGGCGGUGACUCAGUGAGUCGAGAGGUGUUUGAAGCGGUUGUUGUGUGUUCGGGUCACUUCGCAGAACCGAAACUCGGUGAGGUUCCGGGAAUUAAAAUGUGGCGUGGGUUUCAAAUGCAUUCCCACAACUACAGAGUGCCUCAACCUUUCAAGGAUCAGGUUGUGAUUUUAAUUGGGUUUGGGCCUAGUUCCUUUGAUAUCUCAAGAGAGAUUGCAACAGUAGCAAAGGAAGUUCAUGUAGCAGCAAAACCGAAUCCAGAUUUAAUGGGUAUGAAGUUGAAAAAUAAUGGCAAUGCCAAUAUAAGCGUCCAUACUAUGAUCAAAUGUGUAAAUGAAGAUGGCUUGGUUGCCUUUGAAGAUGGAUUCUCUGUACAUGCAGAUGCAAUAAUCCACUGUACAGGAUACAAGUACCGCCUUCCAUUCCUUGAAACCAAUGGAAUUGUAACCGUUGAUGAUAAUCGCGUUGGUCCACUAUACAAACAUAUAUUUCCUCCCGCAUUGGCUCCAUGGCUCUCUUUCAUUGGUUUACCCUAUAAGGAUGCUGUUUUUCAUGUAUAUGAGUUGCAAUCCAAAUGGGUUGCAAAGGUUUUAUCUGGUAAGGUUCGCUUACCUACGGAAGAAGAGAUGACGGAAUCUGUUAAAGACUACUACAAAUUUAUGGAGGAAAAUGGGUUGCCCAAGCGUUACACUCAUUCCCUUCGUCCAUUUCAGGUUGACUACAAGCCCUGGCUAGUUGAACAAAUUGGGAUGCCUCCGUUGGAAGAUUGGAGGGAGAAUAUGUAUGCAGAGUGCUUUAAGAAUUUUAUCGAAAAUAGCGAAAAAUAUAGAGAUGAAUGGGAUGAUGUUUAUUGGGAUGCCAUCAUUCAAAGUGCAUCAGCUUCCUAAAAGCAAUGACAUUGCAUUUCCCCUGCGAAUUAUUGAUUUAGGUUAUCUCAAGAUUGAUAUUUAAUAUUUAUUGUUGUAAUCAAAUUUUUGUAAUGAUAUCAUAAUAUAUUCAUUAUGAACUUGUGAGAGAAUGAGAAUGAGAAUAUGUAUUCAGAAUGGGUGGGUAAUGAAAAUUGCAAAAGCAGUGGUAUAGAUUAGAGUUCUUAAGACUUACCGUUUAAGGCUAGCUGAGGGUGGAACGGGAAGUGUGUCUUAGACUAGUUGAGAGUGGGAGGAGGAAGUGUAUU